GCGCAACAUUCUCGGGAUGAAGAGGCUGAGGCAUCGCGUCAGAAUAGAUUGAUGCACGUUACCCUUUUCCGUUUCUUUAAAAUAAAUACAUAUUUAAAUGCAUUAAGUUUCCAUUUGGAGCAUCGAUAACAUGUGAAGGGAGACGCGCGGCGCAGUUCGGGGUUUUUACGCCAAACGCAGGAGGAAGAUGGGGAUUUUUAUCUCCACACCUGUGCGCCCUCAGUGCGGAGGAUAGCCUGGCACAGCGGGAAAAAGCUACUAAUCUUUCUCUUAAAGUGAGCCGAUAUUUCUCCGCGCAAAGAUGCAAAGCAACAGCAGCUCCCCCGGACCCCCCACUGGGCUGAGUGCGUGCGGGGGGCAGGAGGAGGAAAUAUCUGAGCUUGUCAGCCCUACAGGGGUAGGCUCCAACCUGCCGCUUUUUAACCUUUCACUCAACUGCUGGCUUCACAUCCUCUCCAAGGAGUCGUCCUUGGACCUGCACGGAGACAGCGCCAACCUGCCGGUGCGCGUCGUCAUUGCCCUGGUCUACCUGGUGGUGUGCGUCCUGGGGCUGGUGGGGAACCUCCUGGCUCUCUUCCUUCUCCACUCCCGCCGCCGGGGCCACCACCACUCCGCCAUCGACUGCUUCGUGAUGAGCCUGACCAUCACAGACCUCCAGUUCGUCCUCACCUUGCCCUUCUGGGCCGUGGACACGGUGAUGGACUUCCGCUGGCCCUUCGGUCGGGUCAUGUGUAAGAUCGUGAGCUCGGUCACCACCAUGAACAUGUAUGCGAGUGUUUUCUUCCUCACGGCGAUGAGUGUGACCCGGUACCACUCCCUGGUUACCUCCCUGAAGAUGAGCAGCCCCAGGAUCGCCAUGGCGCGGGCCAAGUGGGUCAGCUCGGCCAUCUGGGUGGUGUCUUUGGUGGCCACGCUGCCCCACGCCUUCUACUCCACCACCGUUCAGGUGUCUGCAGAUGAUGAGCUCUGCUUAGUUCGGUUUUCCGACUCCGACUCAGGUCACUGGGAUCCCCAGAUGUUGCUUGGGCUCUACCAAACACAGAAGGUCCUUCUGGGGUUUGUAGUUCCCCUAAUUAUCAUUUCUGUGUGCUACCUCCUCUUGCUGAGGUUCAUUCUGAGCAGGCGCAUUGUGGGCAGCACGGUUGGUGGUGGCACUGGGAAUUCAGAGCAGGAGAGAGGACGCCACCGCAACCGCUCCAAAGUUACUCGUUCUGUCACCAUUGUAGUCCUGUCCUUUUUCAUCUGCUGGCUGCCGAACCAGGCUCUCACCUUGUGGGGGGUGCUCAUCAAGUUCGACAUGGUGCCCUUCAGCAAAGCCUUCUACAACGCCCAGGCUUACGCCUUUCCGCUGACUGUGUGUCUUGCCCAUGCCAACAGCUGUCUCAACCCGGUGCUCUACUGCCUGAUCCGGAGAGAGUACAGGGCCGGACUGAAGGAGCUCCUUCUGAGAGUUUCUCAUAACGCCCGGAACGUUCUUUCUCUGGCUCUGAGAGGAAGAAGAGUGGAGGAAGAACCUCCCAGUACGGUGGUGACACACAAGGACAUUAAUAUUUGAUAUAUUCUGUCACUGAGAAUUUUGGGAAAACAAUGAUUAGCUUUUAUUUUUAAAUAAAGAAGAUCCGAAAAACGAACAAAACCUAAUAUGUUAAUGACCUUUAGAGAUUGACAAAGUGUAUUUUUUAACCACUGGAGACAGCCAGGCUUCAUCGUUUUACCCCGUCCUCAUCCCUUCCUCUUGCUUGUUAGGUUGGUGGACACGUACCUGAUCAGACGUAUUUGGUUCUCUGAUGGAGGAUUUAAUCUAGAGGGGUGAAUUAGGUUUUGUGGCCUUCAGGGGCACUACAUCUGGAAAUUACAGGUCUAGCACCCCAUAGUGGCUAAAGGUUAGAUGGUGCUGCUUUAAGUUAAUUCAUUUCAACUAAAUGUAAGCAACGGGAGUGAGAAACGUUCUAGUCUCUAUUACGAGAGAGUUAAUAUUUAUUUAAAGGUAGAGUGGACAAUUUAUUUUCAGAAAUGUAGAUAAGAAACGCCCAAGUCCCUUUUUGAACAAAUGCACAUGCAUAAGACCAUCCAACUUGCUCUUCCACUGCUGCGGGCGAUUGCGUGACAAAAUCUCCCAAAUACCCUUUGAUCUUAUUUCUGUCUUCCAAGGCCUUCCUCUUCUUCUCAUAAACUUGUACGACAGUUUGCUUCUUGCGACUCUCAGCUAUUUUCAAAGAAUGUGAGAGCAGGGAGCUACAAUGAUCGGCUUACACUGAAGCUAACUGGAUACAUAAACACUAGAAGUGCGCAUGCGAAGCCAGCAAGCGGGAAACUAACAAUGGGCGUGCACACACACCGGCGUUAUGUGAGCAAUGAUUGGCAUGUGGGACAACCAAUAGAUAAGGUGAUCCCCCGGGAGCACAAAGCUGAAAAAGAUUAUCCACUAUACCUUUAAGGCUAACUGCGAUCACCAACAGAAAUUCCAUUAUCAAUAUUUCCACAGCUUUUUUUCUUUUUACAAGCCUAUAAUGACUGAUAACAAAUCAUGCUUGGAUACAAAGCAGCAUUUCGCCGACACACAAACUGACAGGAGAAUAAACGGUUAACAGUUGUCACCACUAUUAAUGUCGGAGGCAGCCACAAUGUUUUUUUUUUUUUAAUUAAUGGCAAUGUUUCUCCAACUUUCUAUGUUAGUAAAUAAAUUGUAGGUAGUGUAAAAGUUGACACUUGUACUUAAAAGGGACAUAUCAAGCAAAUUGCACUUUAUUAGCCCUUAAAUACAUUUUGUUGUGUAGUUGGAGACUAGGAAUGCAAAAAAGUUUUAGUUUGUCCAGGAGCUGCACAGAUAUCUUUAUAUUCUAUUUGGGUCAUAUUUUUCAAGCUGUUCAGUUUUUCCCUGUUCUCUGAAGUGAACAGGCCUGUUCUGAGGACCCGUGGAGCUAAAUUAACCAAGAAUUCAGACCAAAGCAUUGCAGCUCCAGUUUAUAUAGACCACAACUGACUGAUUUAAAUGUGAAAAGGAAGAACAUAAAAGCAUGAUAUGUCCCCUUUGAAGGACCAUUGAAGGAUUGUAGAUAUUCAGUGAGAGACUUGGAUGUUUGCUAACAUCCUUGAAGUGCAGGCUCUGCAAUGUGUGAGUUAUGAAUGUAGCAUUACCAAAAUCACUUUUGAGUCACUGUCAGGGACAGAAUUUAACAAAAAUCGAACUGGUGUUUCUAUAAAAAAAAAAAAAAAACUUGCUAAUAUUUUGUGAUGAAUGUGAUGCUUUACUUUUCAGAAAGUGUUUUUUUUUUUUGUCAUUCCCCACCCUGAUCCACUUCCAGUCCGGUGUAAUGAUCUAUGUUAGUACUGUGGGUGUAUCCCGCUCACAUUCCACAUGCUGCAGUAUUUUGUUUCUAGAAAGUGAAAGAUAUUUCUAACCAACUAGCGGUUCUGCUGGACAGUGGCAACAAGCUAUUAGCUAGGUUAGCUACUCCAAUUAUAUAAUUUUUUUCACCUAACGGGCACACAGCUCUAUCAGUUUUUAAAUCGGACGUGUCACACCUCCUAUAAACUCACUUCUUGCUGCGACAGGACAGUUUGCUGAAAUUUUAGGCUAAAGCUAACAUGUUUACCCUUCGUCUCGAUUAUGCUAAUUAAUAAAGUAGCUAGUGGCAUAGUUCAGUGCCUAUCCAGAUAUUUAUGUGUGGACAAAACUUACUGAGAAAAUUAUUUUUCUGCUUCAAAACGUAAAGUUUUUUCUUUCAAUAUCAAAAAAUACUGAUCAGGGUAUGGGCUGCUUUUCUUUCAGAUCUUUAGAAAUCUUGCUUCUCGCUCCAUCUGAUAAUGUUUA